GUUUGUGUAGAAAAGGUCUAAGACAAAAAACCACCAUGGGUAAGGCAUUUCUUGCCAUCUUUUGCUCACUUCUGCUAAUCCUGACUUGCGCCCAAGGUAAGGUUGCAGUUUAACUCUGAAUUUUAAAAAAAUAAAAAAUGUUAUUUAGAACUAUAAAUGUUUAAUUGAAACAUAUCUUUCAACAUUUCACAUGGACAGAAGGGGACACUUUAAUUUGUGAGAGUGGGGUUGGGCUGGGGUAGGCUGUUUUAAUAAAUGUUUUGUGACUUACUAAUAACAAUCUAUGCCACUAAAUUUCAUUUAGAACAAGAAUAAUAUCUUACUGAUACAAACUGAUUUCAAAACAUAUUUAUGGUCAUUUAAAGACACAUUACUGUGAGUAUUAUUGCUGUGGUGCUCUGUUACACCAACAAUAUUGAACUCCUUGAAAAGAGGGACAUUAGAAAAGAUGGACAGAGGGAUUUGGGCCAAAAAUAGGGACUAUCUGUCCUAAAUAGGGACACUUCAGAGGCAUGUUUUAGAUAUCAAAGAGUAAAUAUAUAAUAGAUCUGUACAUGCUCAUUAAUUCAUAUAAAACUUUAUAGUUAGGUAAGAUAAAUUGGAAAGAUGGGAAGAGUUUAGGUUUUGAAGCGAACAAAUAGAAGAUCUAGAUGAUACCUGCAAAGAAAUGGGCAUUAAGUAAGGUGAUAAGACAUCUGAUCUAUUAUCUGUGCAAUGUAUAUCUGUGUGUAUAUCUGUGGAUGUAUGUGUGUGUUUAUGUCUUGAAGUUAAGACCUGACCUUAAUUAUGUAUGUAUUGAUGUAAGGACAGACCAGUGCUCCUCAACCCUCUCCUCAAGGCGCACCUAACAGUCCAGGAUUUAGGGAUUACCCAGGUGCGUCUAAUGUGUUUAAAAAAACAAAAAAACCUACACACUUUUGACGCUAAAGCUUCCCCCCCCUUUUUCUAAACACCUUAGACACACCUGGGUAAUCCCUAAAUCCUGGAGUGUUGGGUGUGCCUUGAGGAGAGGGUUGAGGAGCACUGGGACAGACCCACUAUUGAGCCCUUCCACAUUUUAAGUUCUAGAACCACCACUCUACUUCUUUACUCAUUCUGUCCAAAAUGUCUUGCCUGUUCUCUUCUCUCCUAACCUGUCUUCCCCCUGAAUGCUCCCACGACUCUACUGAAAAUUCACACUGUCAAAAGUAAUUUAUCUUGAAAGGAAAAUAAGCUUAACACCUGCUAAGGAAUGUACACGUUCUAUGCAGACAUCUUUAAGGUAUUUUAUAUGUCUUUAUGUUAUGUCAUAUUAAGGGUGCAUAAGUACACUGCCCUGCGCUAGCACCAGGCUUAUCAAGUUUCCAAGUCACAGUGGUGCUGGUGAAUAAAUAUAAUCCUGGCCUCUAGAAAAGAUUGUACAUUGUUCUCCGACCCCAGUAAGGAAUACCAUUCUUUCACUGCAUUCUAGUUACUAAUUCUGAAGGAAGGGUCAGGGCUCCCACCCAACCAGUUAUAAUGAGAAGAAUCAUGAGCAUUGGCUAGUUCAAGGCUACUUAUCAGAUAAUAAUGCAACUGGUUCACUUGUUUUAGCUCAGCUCAGCUCAGCUCAGCUCAAAUCAAUUGCAUGAAAAAGCAUUUUUUCCCCGAGUUCAACAGACAAAGGACUUAAGGGUCCAACUCAGGUCCGCUCAAGCCUAUGUUUUACAUUAUUUGUGAGAACGUCAUUUGCUAUAUGAUGAGUGAUGCUUUACUAGAGUUUGUGUUAACCUUCAUUAAAAUAUUUUCCCCAUCUCAGGUACUUUGAACUAAAAUUGCCAAUAUAUAAGUGAGAAUUGCCAAAAUAAUAAUAAUUAUAUAAUAUAUAUAAUAAUGUCAGUUUUGUUUUCACUUUGUCUAAUUUGGCCUUACAUUUGAAAAUCACUUUGAAUUCCUAUGAAUUCUCAGUUUAACGAAUAACCCUGUUAGAGAAUAAACCCUAUUGAAAAUGCUCAUGUUUAUGCCUUAAAAAGUGAAUUAUAGUGAACUGAAAAUUGAAUUGGAUAUAUUGCUGAGCUGGAGAUUUUUUUCCAAUGCUGCUAUAUUGACCUAAGUCACGUGGCAACUUUUGUUGCUUUCUUUUGUUACUUACUGCCUAUACAUUAAUAAUUUUUCCAGUGGAAUUUAAAUCCUUUACUGGCAGUAAACGCCAUCGGUAGAGGUCACUGCACAUUAACACCUAUUGUACAGUUUGUUUCCUAAGAUUAUUGCCAAUAAUGGCUGCACCAGGCACUAAAUAUCCUUCAGUAGAACCAAAUAGCCCUUAGUAGAACCAAUAUCAACAGUUCAAAACUUAAUGGACCCUGUUGAACUCAGAUAUCAGAGUCCAAAACCCUUACGAGGCUAAUGCAACCUUUAUAUUAAUUUAACCUAUUUCAGCUAGCGGGUUCUAUUUAAUAGAAAGAAAGCCUGUCAUGUUUACCAUUGUUUUAGUGCAAUUCAGAAGCAUUUUUAUUUUAAUGAUUUUAUUUCUGCGUAUUAAAGUGUAGUAAUUAGUUACUUUACAUAACUACAUUACAUUUCAUUCAUAACUGUUUCAAAGAAUAAUAUAAUUACAUAAGCAACAGAAUUUUACAUUUUUACAAACAAACUUUCAGUAGCAUUAUUAAAUAAACAGGGAAUUGUGCUGAAACGACAAAGAAAUUGCAAAAUGGAGUCCAAUUUUAUUAACCAAGGUGGACAAAUUCUCUAACAAAAACUGGCUUAAUUCAUCACACUUUACUUUGUGUAAAUAACUCUCCAAAAUUGCUGUAUAGUUAGUGAUGAAAUGCCCCACAUCAAGUGACUAAGGAAAUAUAUUCUUCUUGCAGGGCUGUCCAUAUUUGGGAGUCAGCGUUGCAGAUGCAAUGGACGUGGAGCAAAUGCAGUGAUUGUCAAGUCGAUGGCAAGACUUGAAAUCUUUCCAAUAAGUGCCUCAUGUGAUAAACUGGACAUCAUGUAAGUUGCAGUUUCUUUUUGUGAAUUGAUGUGGUAGAAUUAUUUGUAUUUUCCCAAGGGCCAUAAUCAGUAUAGCCAGCUGGAGCCAGAAUCUCUUGCAAUAUGUUUUUGAGGGCCAACUCAUAGGCUGACCGUGUCAGCCAAAUACUCAGACCGAGUGUUCAGUCAGCCUAUAAACUAAUCCCUACACAGCUAGCCUAGCUUAGUGAAUGAGGUUCCGACUGAACAAACUUUUCUGUGACCUUUUUCAUUGGCUUUAUGUUGCCAGCUCUCCCCUGCUUCUAGAACAUAUCCUUAAUACAAACGUCUUGAUGUUCUUAAAAUAAAAAUAAUCUUUUGUGCUAUCAUAAGCAGCCUUGGUCUGUGGGUUGCACUGUUUUGGUUACGAAAUCUUGAAACCUUAUAUAUAAAGAUCAAUAAAUCUUUAACAAAAGCUCUCUAGGCUUAAAAGGGGCAGGGCCAACUGUUUCCUCGUUUUAAGGGACACUAUAGUUACCAGAACCACUACAGCCUAAUAUAGGAGUUCUGGUGUCUACAGCCUGUCCCUGUAGGCUUUUCAAUGUAAACGCUGCCUUUUCAGACAGCCGUUAGAGGUGCUUCAUAUCUAAAUAGUUAGUUUAACACUAUAGUAUCAGUAAUAGAUGUUUGUAUUCCUGACGCUAUAGUGUUCCUUUAAAUAAACUAAUAAAGAUAAAGAAUAAUAUGAAUACAAGUCCUCCUAAUGCUCUUCCCACGGUCAGGACGUGACUGAACAAUGCCAGGAUACAGGAGUAUACCAUUACCCAGAACAAGUCCUCACGUGUUAAAAGGUUUAAAAACAAAACAAACAAAAAAAAAACAAGACUACAUUAAAUCCUAUUUGUGUAUUACUAUCUUGCAGUGCUACAAUGAAGUCGGGAACACAGAUCUGCCUCAAUCCAUAUUCUAAAAUGGUGAAAGCAAUGAUUGCUAAUGUGACCAAGAAGAAGUAAGUAUUUUAAAAUAUAAAGAUACCCAAUAUUAUUUAACUGCUAGACAUUUGCUGAAAACAUGUAUUUCCUAACUCUCCAUCUGUUUGUGUGUGUCCAUCUGAAUAUCAUGAAGUGACUGGCCACAUAAACACAUUUAGGAUCACUGACUAAAACAAAAUUGUGGCGUAUUGACCAAUGAAUUGAAAAUAUGGAACCAAAAUAGUUGAACUGGAAAAAUGAUUCCACUCAGGUAUUUUUCUAUGAAAGCACAAGGAGGCCACAUAUUUUUAAAAUAGUUUUCUGUCUUGUUAUCUCAAGAAAACAACUGGUUUUCUUGAGAUAACAAGUCAGAAAAAAUAUUAAAAAUAUAUGACUCCCUGGGCUUCCGUAUUUUCUAACUAUUUUAGCAAAAAUUUAUCAAUAUCCUUGCGGUUUAGUAAACUAACCAGUAAAGAACACGACAUUUCAAUAGUGGAUAUAGUUCAAGUGGAACAAGUCUGGCAUUUAUAGCAGCACCAAAAACAGGCUAAGUAAAUCCCAUUACUAUCCUUGUAAUUUAAGUGACAUUCCAGCAUGGAAAUGCUUUUUUAAAUGUCAGAUCCUCCCAUUGCUCUCUGUUGCAAUGCUGCACAUGUCCAAUGUAUCAGAUACAAAAUUGCGGCAAACAUAACUGUAAUAUCACUGUGUGAGUGUAUAUAUACAUAUCAUCAUAAUGUCAAGACACAUGUAUUGGGGAGAGGUCCUUACAUUGUAUCCUAAGCAAGUUAAGUAAGUGGUUGUGGUGAUUUGAGCAUCAAUCAAUAUAAUUGAACAUGUUGUACGUUACAAUUAAAGUAAUUGUCUUUUUGUUGCAUCACAGGGGGUAUGUGAAAUGAAUGAACCUGAAGCAAUCCAAAAAUUGAAAAUGUUACUAAGGCUUCAAUCCUCGCUGCGUUUUUGGAUUCACAUGCAUGGCAAAAUAUUAAACAUAUUAACCUGAUACCAGCAUAUAUACAUUAUAACUAAAAUAAAUGCAUUCAUAAAAGACACAUAAUGUACGCACAUUUCUGAAAAUGGUCAACAAUCACAUCUCAGGUCUGAAGUAAAGUGCUUCAAAGAAAAAUGAAGGAAAGGUUUUGAAGUAUUGUUUAAUAGCUGAUGUUCAUAAUGUGGGUCACAAGUCCUUACUAACAGGUGAUCAUAUUCUCCUCGUGUUAUCAUUUUGGAUGAGUGGAGUGGGCAUCCAUGAUACUAUAGUUGUGUCACACAUCCAAAUACUUCCUGUUUUUGUCCCUGCCCAAUCUCUGUCUAAACCUUGGAUCUUAACUAUUGGAUCUGGAGGACCCAACAUUUGAUCUCCAUGCUAUUCCACGGGGACCUAUAUGGAUGGAGCCACACUCAUUGCAUGCAACAGCCCAAAAUGAUUAAGGCAGAAGCACUGCCCUUUGGACACUGGAAAAAGUAAAAAAAGAAAUAAAGGCUUCUGAAGAAUGGAUUUUUCAAAUAUAGUAUAUAUUGAAGCUAACCAUACAGGCGAAGAAUGCACAGAUAAGCUGUCAUGUUGACAGUUUGUGUUUCUUUCAAAAAAGGUUAAAAAUUAUUGGGCUAAACAAUGCUUCUUCUUACUAUCUUCAUGAGAAAUAAUAUAUGAUAUAACGAAAAGGAAAGAGAGCUUUUUUCUUUUUAUAGAGUUAGAAUUGGAAACAUAGAAACAUAGAAUGUGACGGCAGAUAAGAACCAUUCGGCCCAUCUAGUCUGCCCAAAUUAGUCACUAUAAUUAGAAUUGCCGUGGUUGCAAAGUUAUUUCACAAUGAAUUUGAAGUUUAAAGUCAAAGAAGCUAAACUGAGAACAGAGCUAACAUGGAGAUUAUUUCUAAUUUGGCAAUUUAAGUCUCAACUAGAAAAUUAACUUUGAAUUAAUUUUGAAUCCCUGGUAAUUCACAGUUUAGUAAAUAACCCUUUACGAAUCAUUAAACCAGAACCUUUCCCAGUGUUACAGAAACAGAAAUGCCUUACUGAAUGUAAAUAUUCAGGGUACUAUUCAGGUCUAUUAAAUGUUUGCCUCUUCUUUCUAUUCUAUCGUGAACAGAGUGGGCAGCAAGUCUGUCCCAUGCACUAGAAGGCAGUGCCUUCAUUAAAUACGGGUAAAAUUGUUCAAAUGGGUUCUUUGGGUAAAUGCAAGUGUGUUUGCUUUAUUUAUAAAUGUAUAAUAGAUGUAGCCAUAAUAAGAGUGAAUGGUAACAAGAUUAUUUCAGAUACAAAAUAUGAAGGGAAAAAAAAAAUCUUCAGUUAGGCUAUUUAGUUUUUUUCACAUUUUAGUUAUUGUGACCUAAACAUCUCUAGUUUAGUAAUGCAUUAAUAAUAAACACUUGCUAUAGUGGAACUCAAAAAAAGGGGAAAUAUUUUUUUUUAUUUUUUAUAAUUCUUUAUUUUGUCAAUGACAGAUGUAAGGGGAAAUAUUUUUAAAUGGAACUAUGUGCUUACUUUUACUGAGUAUCUAUUACUUGUAGAUCUAUUAUUUUAUAAAGAGCUGCAAUAAUUGUUGCCUCUUAUGACAUAAAGAUUGUCACAUACAGUAAUCUGAAUCAUACAUAUUAUUACAUUGUCA